AUGUUCAAGCACUUGGGAAGCCACCUGCUGCUCGGUCUGUUGGCCUUCAGCCGAAGCGUCCAAGCAAUCGGCCAGGCUACCUGUGUCUCUUUCACGCCGUUAUCUUCUACCUUCUCUAUAGUCAGCAAUGGCCAGGCUGCACCAAUUCUCCUUUCUGCGGAUGACUGGGGAGGCGUUCAACGCGCCGCGUCCGAUUUUGCUAUGGAUAUCCACAAUGUCACUGGCAUAAUGCCUGGCCUAUACAACGUCACUGUUCCGGCCACCAGCGCUAAUCUGAGUACUGCUCUCGGCGGUGGUGCUCGCGCGAUUAUCGUUGGAACGCUUGGACAGUCCUCGCUGAUCAACGAGGUAGUGAAGAACACGGACUUGGAUGUGUCGUCCAUUGAAGGGCAAUGGGAGGCGUUCUUGACGAAGGAGGUGUCCAAUCCCCUUCCCGGGAUCAGUAGUGCGUAUGUUAUGAUCGGCGCCGACAAGAGAGGUACGAUUUAUGCCUUAUACGAUCACUCGGAACAAUUUGGUGUCUCGCCGUGGUAUUGGUGGGCUGAUGUACCUGUUCAGACUCACUCUGACCUCUAUGUUACCUCAUCUGGUUGCGCACACGGCUCGCCUACAAUCCAAUAUCGUGGAAUAUUCUUGAACGAUGAGCAGCCUGCGCUUCAAAACUGGGCGAUGGUGCGAUUCACGAACGGCACCGGUGCAACUCUGACUGAUUCGCCCUUCAACCAUUUCUUCUAUACCAAAUUGUUCGAGCUUAUCCUACGCAUGAAGGGCAACUAUCUGUGGCCAGCAAUGUGGGCUAGUGCGUUUGGAGUCGACGACCUAUUAAACCAGCCAUUAGCAAAUUGGUACGGUAUAGUCAUGGGAACUAGUCAUGAGGAGCCCAUAAUGCGUUCCAUCCCGGUGGAGUGGGAUUUAUUCGGUGUUGGUCCAUGGGACUACAGCACAAACGCUCAGAAUAUCUACAACUUCUGGGUUGUUGGUGCCGAGAGAGCCAAGCCGUACGAGAACGUAUUUACUGUUGGCAUGCGAGGAGACGGUGAUGAACCCCUGGCGGGAGGGCAGGAUAUUUCUUUAUUAGAGGAGAUCAUCUCCAACCAGCGUACCAUCUUGAGCGAUACAUUCCCCGGCCAAAAUGUUACUACUAUACCCCAGAUGUGGUGUCUAUACAAGGAGGUGCUAGGCUACUAUGAAGAUGGCAUGACUGUACCUGAAGACAUCGCGCUGCUAUGGACCGACGAUAACUACGGUAAUAUGGAGCGUCUCCCCACAGUUGCUGAGCGAAACAGGACUGGAGGAGCUGGAGUAUAUUACCAUUAUGAUUAUGUUGGAGACCCAAUGGACUACAAGUGGAUUGUCAGCAGCCAGCUGACCAAGACGUACGAACAAAUGUCGCUCGCAACAGCCCGGAAUGCUACCCGGAUCUGGAUUGUCAACGUUGGCGACUUGAAGCCGUAUGAAAUGGAGACCGAAUUCUUCCUCACAUACGGCUGGGAUACUUCAGUGUGGGACAUGAACAACCUCAAUACAUUCGUCGAGCUAUGGGCUCAGCGCGAAUUCGCCCUCUCUUCUGAGGAUGCGACGACAGUGGCGGGCAUCAUAGCCAAUGUCACUCGCUUCAACGCUAAUAGGAAGCCUGAAAUGUUAAAUGCUACAACAUUCAGCCUGUGGAGCUACCGAGAGGCCGAGAAUCAGAUGGCAAUGUGGCAGGCAACGAACGAGUCUGCAACGACUAUUCGCGACAAGUUGACUGCGAGCAUGCAGCCCGCGUACUUCGAGCUUGUUUAUCACCCAGUCCAGGCCAGCUAUACGCUUGCGAACAUGUGGUACGCAGCCGGGAUGAAUAAUUUGCGCACGUCGCAAGCUUUUAUUAGUGCAAAUGACUACGCCGCUGAGGUCGAGGCUCUUUUCGAACAGGAUUGGGCUCUCGAGGUCGAAUACGAUAGUCAGCUGGAUAGCAAAUGGAUCCAUAUGAUGAGUCAAACACAUGUCAUGUACUACUACUGGCAGCAACCACAGGCAAAUACCAUGCCAUUCGUCUCAAAAUACCAGGCACAGAAGCAAGCAUUAGCUGGAGCCAUGCGAAUUGCACCUGAAGGCACCCAAGCAGCCUGGCCGGGCGACAACCAGUACCAAUGUGCUCAAGGAUACAGCUGCCCUAACCCAACAUUGUUCUUGGACCCGUAUGUGCCCGCAGGGAAUCGAUACGUUGAUAUCGGAGCUGGUGGACCCGCUCCAUUCAACUUUACCGUUUCCAGUAAUGUGUCGUGGUUGACGCUCUCGUUCACGAAUGCGUCGAUCUCGUCUAGCGUCCCAGAACAACGAUUGUAUGCAUCUGUUGAUUGGAGCCAAGUCAUGGAGACCGACUACGGAUUGAUUACCCUCAACGCAAGUGUCUUCGACCAACCGGCCGAGUCGUUCACCAUUGGGUUUGUCGCAAACUACACUGAGGUGCCUGAGAACUAUACAGGUUUCGUUGAAGGCGAUGGAGGGGUAUCAAUAGAAGCCGCCCAUGCAGCUAGAAAUACUUCCGUGGCUGGUAUCACCUGGACUAACCUGCCAGGAUACGGUCGUACACUCUCUGGUGUGACGCCCUGGCCUCGAGGUGGUGAUGAGUUGAACUUCACUGUCGGAGCCGGACCUAGCAUUGAAUAUGAUUUCUACACCUUCCACACGUUCAAUGACAGCGGCAACGUCACGGUCACCACAUACGUGUCUCCCAAUUUCAACACCCUUGGUCCCGAUCAGCCCGUUGGACUCGGUUUCCAGAUGGACUCUGACGAGCCACAAGUUAGUUACUUCGUUCCGAAUGUGACUCCAGGGACCCUGCCUGCUCAGUGGGACGGUAUGGACGGGUGGGCUGCAACGAAUAUCAUUCCGAUUACCCUAAGUUUCUAUGCUGAGCCGGGUGCCCAUACAUUCACUCUUUGGAUGGUCGAGCCCACGGUCGUGGUGCAGAAAAUAGUGAUAGAUACUGGAGGAGUACAGCCGAGUUACCUUGGUCCUCCGGAGAGUAUUCUUGUCUAA